AUGGCGAGCGCGGCGCCGAGUUUGCCACCAUUGAUGGAGUCGGGCGCGGCAUCAGCAUCAAAUGCCGACGGUCCUACCCAGCCCCAGCAACACCAGGAUCAAGGGCAAAGUCAACAUCAGCAGCCCGAUUCCUCGCGUCCGCUCCCUCCGCCCCUUGAUACCAUGAGGGCUUAUCGGGCGUGUUUGAAUUGUCGUAAUAGGAAGAGCAAAUGUGAUCUGGAUGCCAAUCAAGGGAGACCGCCAUGCCGCAGAUGCCAAAGAGAAGGGAAGGAGUGCAUACUUGGAGAGAGCCACCGCGGCGGCCGUCGAGUGAGGAAGAAACCCAGGCUUGAUCAUGAGGACCCAACACCCGACGACCCUUCCUCAAGUCUAGGUUUCCAAACCGCGUUACAAACUCCAACUACGGCAUCGAAUCCCGGAUAUAGUUCAUCUGGUGCAGUCAAUGCAAACUACAGCCCCCAUUCUACUCGGCACGCCCCCCAGCCACCUCAGCCAAUUCAUGAUCAGUACGACAAUAGACAAGAACCGGCCUACGGAUGGCACCAGCAACCUACCCCGACCAAUACUACACGCUCCGACAGCACUGGUGCAUCGAGAAAUGCAACGGAACAAGCAAAUCUUCUUAACCAACCUACUGACCCUUCAUUUCUACACCGGGCAGGAUCGAGUGCGAGUAUUCUCACAAAGUCUGGAGAGCGAACGACUGUUCAAGAGAAUAUUGCAUCGGCAGAUUUACAAAAUCCGUCGGAUGCUUUGGACAUAUUAGCCCAAGUUGCAGACCGAGUAGAUGAAGGUGAUUCUUCUGCGAGUGACCAAAACCAAGGACUGUCAAAGCAGAAGCAUAUUAGGCCGAUUUCUCAUUUACAGGGUCCAAAUCAUUCUAAAGUGGAUGAUCAAUUUCACUACAAGCCGGUUCAAGAUGGAUCGCUAAGUCCUGAGAUGAUUUACCAUUUAUUUUCAAGUUACGAGGAAUAUUUCCAUCCUUUCUUCCCAAUCAUUCCCCGAGAAACGUUCGAUCGCACGAGACUACCUUGGUUGUCUCGUCAUGAACCCCACCUAUUCUCGGCAAUCCUCACUGUUGCAUCAAAAGACAACGAAAGAGUGCACCAGGUUUGCUACGACCAUAACCAGCAACUUAUUUCCAUGCUCCUUGCUGGUACCGAUGCAAAUGUAGAGGCUGUUGAAGCGCUUCUCUUAUUGUCACAAUGGGUUUCCCAUCGCCCCCAGGCGUCAAUUGCUGUUGGUCGUGGGGAAGAAGACCGAGUAGCCUGGAUGUAUAUUGGGACCGCAUUACGUUUGGGAUACUUUCUUGGGAUCGAUCGAACGUCCUUCAGGAACGAUUCAGGUGAAGAUCCGGCCGUAUACAAUCGAAAAAGACUUGUGUGGUCUGCAUGCUAUAUAUGCGAUCGCCAGGUGUCUGUCAGGCUUGGAAAGGGGUUUUGGGCUCGUGGCCCAGGGCCCUUAUCUGGGUUGAAAUCCAGCGAUUUCCCCACCCUCCAGCCGUUGUUGCCAAAUUUGGAUAACUGGGCUCUCAUCUUCCAGGCAAAUCUUGAAUUGACACAAAUAUUCGGCAAUGUGCAUGAUAUUUUGUAUUCUUCCAAAGGACAUGGGUGGAAGGAAAUGCUAGAAGGACGAUACGCAAAGUACCUUGACGAUUUCCGCACCAGCAUCAGAAGCUGGAAUGAUAUUUGGGGGACAUUAAUAUGCUCACCUCGACUAAAAGCUAGCUUGCUGUUGACAUAUGAUUAUUUACGGUUAUAUGUAAACGCAUUUGCUUACCAGGCCACGAUAUCUCGUGCGUUGACCUUUCAACGUGAUAGUCAACAUACGCCCAACCGGCCAAUGCCAUUAAUAAAUGCGUCGGCUCCGGAUGCACGCUUUAUAUAUGAAGCUCUGGAUGCAGCAAAGUCAUUACUAUCAACGUUCAACAAUUUCGUCGACCCCGAAACGCUUCGGUACAUGCCAUCGUCAUAUUAUCUUUUCAUUAUCUAUAGCGCCGUGUUUCUUUACAAGGCAAGGUCCACCACUACGAUGACGGAGGAGGAGCGAACCGGUGUACGCCAUAUGAUUAAUCAAACCAUUGAGCGCCUUCAGAAAGCCUCAGUAGGGGCGAACCACAUGGGCUCUCGUUAUGCGCGGUUACUCCAAUUGCUCUGGCGCAAAGCACCUAAACGGAACACUGACCGCAAUGGGCAACAUCCAUACGGCAUGGACGGCCGUCUGAACCUCGGCCAAAAUUCUUCCAACAAUCCACAACACUCUGGUUUUGACCCGCACGGGACCGGCAAUUUUUCAGAAAAUAUGGGAAUGGCCAAUGCAGGCGGCAAUGAACAGUUUCAGUCCAGACCAAGCGGAGCUUUCAGCUGGUUAGACCUGGGAGCGACGUGGAAUUUCGCAACGCAGAAUAAUACUCUUGCAGGGAGUACGGGCGAUUCUGAUAAUGAAAUAAUGCUGGAGAGCGGUCUGAGUCCUUUUGAGAUGGGAGAUUUCGGGGCAUUUACGGAUUAUUCUUUGCUCGAGGGUGACAACCCGAAUCUGAUAUUUUGA